CGUGAUUGGCUGAGAGCACCGGGGGUCAAAGGUCGGCGGUCGCUAUGAUUCUCCACAGAUCAGUCAAACAUGGAGUCUAUCUUCCACGAAAAACAAGAAGGCUCUCUGUGUGCGCAGCACUGCCUCAACAACCUGCUGCAGGGAGAAUACUUCACCCCUGUCGAUCUGUCAUCUAUCGCACACCAGCUGGAUGAAGAGGAGAGGAUGAGGAUGGCUGAAGGUGGUUUACUGAGUGAGGAGUACAGGACUUUUUUAGAGCAACCUUCUGGAAACAUGGAUGACAGCGGGUUCUUUUCCAUUCAAGUGAUCAGUAACGCUUUAAGUGUUUGGGGUUUGGAGCUGAUCCCCUUCAACGGCCGUGAGUACCAGGAACUAAUGAUAGACCCAAUAAAUGAAAAAGCCUUUAUAUGUAACUACAAAGAGCAUUGGUUUACAGUACGAAAACUGGGACAUCAGUGGUUUAAUUUGAACUCCUUGUUAACGGGACCAGAGCUGAUCUCAGACACUUACCUUGCACUUUUCCUAGCACAAUUACAGCAAGAAGGCUAUUCCAUUUUUGUGAUUCGGGGGAAUUUGCCUGAAUGUGAAGCAGACCAACUUUUGCAGAUAAUGAGGGUGGAACAACAGCAACGACCAAAACUCAUAGGAGAGGACGAGGCCCAAACAAGCGGGCAGAGGACCACUGUACAACAGGGAGUGGAGACACAACAUGCUAUGGAACAGGGUGUAGUCGAUGAGGAUGAUGAGGAGCUGAGAAAGGCAUUGGCUCUUAGUAGACAAGACAUAGAAGUGGAGGAUGAGGAGGCUGAUCUGCGCAGAGCUAUACAGCUCAGUAUGCAGGGAGCUUCAGGAAGCAGCAACCCUAUAGAUCCCAAAGAUAGUAGUAGUGCUGCAGUAGCUCCAGUUUCCAAAGAAAACACUACAGGAGGCAAGACGGAAAACCUAACAGCAGAGGAGCUCCGCAAGAGAAGACAAGCCUACUUUGACAGACAGUCCCAGCAACAAGCUCAGUCCAUCACUUCACAUCAGCAGGACAAAAAACCUUCCGGUGGAGAACAGGACACUGGUAGUCAAGGCAGCCAGUGAACACAGAGGCUAUGCGGAUUUAUUUCCAAACCUCUUUCGCAAUUAGCUGCCUGUCCAUCUUUUUUAAAAAGUGCAGCCUCUCGCCUCUAAAAAUGGCUUCAGGUUGGGAAUGACAUGAAGGAGCAGAUGGCCAUUCACCAUUAACACACCGCUCUGUGGGUCCACUCAUUAAAAGAAUCAUAUGGACACAACUAACAUUCACAUGGAAAUCAAGCCUGUUCGUUCUUUACUGUUGUUAAUUUUACGGUUAUGAAGGGAGGGCUCAACAACUCAGUAUAGUAAUUUCAUUCUAGGGUUAUGUUCGCACCUGAAGUUGAAAUUGAAGCCUUCCAAAAUAAUGUCACAUGUAUAUGGGAGGCUACAGGAAGAGACAGUGUUUGUACUGUAUGGACAUGCAAUCCUCCAUAAUAUAACAGAUACUGCUGUUCAUUUUUCAGCAGCCUUUUUGUUUGUUGUGUGUUUGCUUAUAUAUUUGCACCAAGCUCCCACUGAGAGCACACCUGUUUCAGGAUAAUCUGCAUUAAUCACUGGAAUAUAAGUAGACUACAUAUUAGGUCAUCCAGUAGGUUCUGGUAAUUUUUUUUUAAAUGGACAUCUAUUUUUUCACAAAAGGGAAUUAUUAUUCUUUAAUUAUGACCUUUCUUGUAUUUUAGAUUAGUUUUUUUUUCUGUUCAUGAGGAAAUUGGUCAGUUUAGCAUUAAAGUAAUAAACAUACCAUUUAUUAAAGAAGAAAACCCUCUUACAUUGAUUCUCAGAAGUGACGAUUAGCUGAUCAUCCAGAGACACAACAUUAAAGUUGUAACCAAACAAUGACUUUUUUUUUGCAUUUUUCUUUUGGGUUUCAAAUACUUUUCAGAAUUCUUGGGGAAAACAGCUACACUUAGUGUAAUAUAAAUCAAAGACUACCCAUCCCAGGACUUACUGGAAGACCAACUAUUACCAGGGCCGUUAGGACGUUAAUUAUUAUUUACUGCACUUCCAAUGCGGUAAAGUAAUAAAUCUUUACCGAGAUUGUUUACAGGUACCCCACACUGGACUGCCCAGUGGUGCAAAUAUUUAGGGAGGAGGCUGAGGGUUAAGUGAGCACAUUAAGAGUCAUAUAAAAUGUGUAAUUAUAAUGGAUGUAUUAUGGUAGUGUAUAUAAAUAGGCUACUAAGAAAUGUUAACUUUUUCCCCCCAACCAUUUUACUUUUAUUAUUAUUAUUUUUUUAAUUUAAUGAACAGUACUUGCAAACUUUUUUUUGCUUUAUUUUUUCCUUUAAAAAGGUAGUAGAAUUACAGUCCAUUGUCUUGGAACAUACUCUUGCUAUAAGUCAGUUCUUUAUACUUAUGUACCAGUGCUGUCAGUUUCAUUUAUCACAAUUCAUUUUUUAAAAAUUUUCUUAAAAUUAAAUGUUUUUUUCCCA